UAGACUUUUGUGGCUAUCUCAGCUAUCACGGAAACAAUACAUCUUCUCUAGCUAAGCUGGCAUCUUGAUGAUCUGAUGAAGCCUCUCAAUAAAUUUCUAAUCACACAAAAUGAAAAUAUUUAAAAUGUUGGCUUAUCAUUUGCUAACUCUCAUGUUGAUUGCAUACACAGGAAGAAUGAGCUGGGCAGGAGGAGACUGGAUGUGUGGCGCAUGCCAGCACUUGAAUUUUAAAAAGCGGGAAGCAUGCCAACGAUGUGGGUACCCCAAGUAUGGUGGCCCUGAUCCCUCGACAUAUGGAAGCAACAGAACAGAAGUCUUGGCGGGGGACUGGUUUUGCAACUGCGGAGCUCACAAUUAUGCACAGAGACCAAAUUGCUUCAGAUGCACUGCAUUGAAAAAUGACUACAGUGGUGGGUAUAACAUGAUGGCUUCUGGAGGCUAUGGAUCUGAUGGCAGUGCACCACCAGGAUGGAAAGCUGGUGACUGGAUUUGCAAUAGAGCCGGAUGUGGAGUGCACAAUUAUGCUAACCGGCAAGAAUGUUUUAAAUGCAAAACUCCAAAGGACUACAGUCUGUAAUACAUGAUUCAGACAGUGAUAUUUAAGGAAAUGAGGUGUAGAAGACUCUUACACUUCGGAUCCCUUCUCAAAAUCUUUCUAGUAAUUUUUCCCCCACUUUCCUUUAAAAGAUAAAUAAGCUUAGGUUGAUCAUGGUUGAAGGCACAUUUUCACAAGUAUAGCCAAUCAACCAUACAACUGUACUAGGGAGGGUUUCUAAUUAUGUUGCGAGGUGCAACUGAAUUAGGCAAUCUCUUCCACUCUCUGUAUUUUUAUAUUAAUGGAGUUACUUAGUUUUUUGUA